AGUCAUGUAGCCACUGAAGAGCAAGUAGCUGACUGCCUCACUAAAGGACUUAGUUCAUUAGAUUUGUCUAGGUUAUGUGACAAAAUGGGCUUGGUGGAUAUCUUUUUUCCCAUCUCGAGGGGGACUGUUGAGAAUUGGACCUUAUUUAAGUUUCUAUUGGUAAAAAGGGAAUAUUUAAGAAGUCUAGGGGUUUAUUUGUAAAAUAUUGCAAUAUCUGAUUUAAGCCUGUGUUAUGAAUGAAAAGAUUAGGUUUUGAACAGUUCUUUCUUUUGAUUGAUCUUGACAUAAAGUUGAAAUUUUUCUUUCCACAGAAACUAUUCAGGAUGGCCAGGGAAGAAGCUUCUCGAGCAAACCAUAUAGACAUGCAAGGCUUCCUUUAAAUAAAGGAAACCAUGUUAUUUUUAAGAGUAGGGUGGAAUUUUGAAAGAAGCUACACAAAUUAGUUAUUGAUUUUGAAAUAAAGAUGGAAUUACUCAUUGAAAUUAUCGAGGAUGGCCUAGGGGAGGCUUAUCAGGAUAUGCAAGGUUGCCAUUAAAUAAGCAAUGAUGAAUCUUCGAUUGAAUUGAAGAUGGAAUUUUUCUUUGUACUAAAAUUAUUGAGGAUGGCUGGCCUGAAGGAUGCUGCUCAGGCAACCUGUGGACAUACAAGGUGACUCAUGAAGUUACAAACAUAUGAAUUCAAUGAUGGAUCUAAAUUGAAGGGGCUAUGAUGAUAAUGGAAGAGGGUUGUUUUCUCUUUAUUCGGCAAAACACGCUUUAAUGGGCCGCACAAUAUUUUGCAAGGGCUUGAAAUGGAAUAAAGUGGAAGAUUGGCUGAAUUCAUACUCAGCCUCUGGUGCUAAUUAUUUAGUAAAUCCUGGGAACACGAGAAGAGAAAGAAUGAUGCGAACAGGCUUACCUUCCUCAAUGCUUUCAGGAAGGAGGAGAACAAUGAGAAUUUUGGUCGAUUUUUUAUGCCGCGAUCCCGUCAUUGCCUUCUCAGCACUACAAGAAUUUAUCCUAUUUUCGAUGUUCAUAUGCUGUCGAUCAAAGAUUUCAAAGCAAAGAAUUCUUUCAGCAGCAACAAUGGAAAGUGUAGGAGAUGAAGGUCGGUUUUUUGCAUCUUGUUAGAUCUGAAACUUUGACCACUUUUAGUGGGCUAUCAAAGUUGCCACAAGCUUUUCAGUGAUAUGAAUCAAAACAUCAGCAAGGUUGAUGAUCCUAGCACACAAGUUUCUGGUCUAUAAUACAAGGAGAUCAUGAGUUCCUUUUAGACACACCCUUGAAGAUAAUGUACUCCUUUUUAAUGACUCAUAAAAAGAUUCAUCUCUUGUUUCUGCUUCAGAAGCUUAUUCCUUCACUGUUCGAUAUGAGAUUCCAGCGGUUCUAAUACUGUUUAUUGUUGGAAUUAGCAUUCAUGUUCAACUAUCUUUUAAGAUAAAAAGGGUUCUUUGUUUUCUAG